AUGGAGUCAACGCCAUUUCGUCAGAUUUCUACCCUAAACAGGAAACCCUUUUCUAUUCCCUGUUGGACUCCAGCAACUCCUGAAGCAACUUUCCGUCAGAUCCCCGAGACAGAGAUUCUUGGUACUUACAAUGCUGCGAUGCACGAGGUUGCCAGAAAUAUUCCUCGCAAGCGACAGUCACUACCAUCACAGCUUGUCUCGUGGGAAGAGAGCAGUCCAGCCCAGCGACAGUUCUACAUCGAGAAAGCGGUUGAAAACUGUAUGCUCGUAAGACGGCAAGAUGCUCUUUCACGCCUUGUCUUCCCCAGGUGGAUAAAAGGAUGAGACAGCAGAAGCCGAUGAUGUGUUGAAAUCUUUGAUGACCGCUUACAAAAAUGCCAAAACCAAAAGCAUCAAGACGCAAAUUCUUAGCCUUUAUGCGUAUAAGUACUCGGUUAGCACAUUAAAAGAACUUCACUCGCCAUAUGGAAAGUUGUCUACACGACAGAUACAGAGAGCGCGGUGUCAUGCAAGAACGAUAGGUCCCGGUCAAGUGCCUGAGGAGAAGAUACAUCAUCGUGUUCGCAUUGAUAUGACCAAAGUCGAUCAUUUCGUUGAGUUCAUUAAUCGCCCAUACUUUUAUCAAGACGUGUCUUACGGAACUAAAUUCUUUAAGCUAGACAGUGGCGAAACCAUCGAGAUGCCGAAUGUAGUGCGUACCGUGACGCGGUCUACGAUGAUUAACCAGUACAUACAGUUUUGUCAGGAGGAGAAUUUUGAACCUCUCAGUCGCACCACUUUAUUCAAAAUCUUAGAGAUCAGACAAGCUUCACAGAGAAAGUUGUUACAAGGCCUCGACAUUACUGCUGCCGAUGGCUCUGCUGGUUUCCAGAAAAUUGAAAUGAUUGUCGACGAUCUAGAGAGAGGAGGAAUGAAUAGGCAAUGGUGCGCCGAGGUUAAGGAAAGGCUUAAGAGUGGAAAACGCUACUUAAAGACCAAUUAUCGCGUUCACUGCAAUCCAGAGGAAGCUUUAUGUCCUGAUCAUUGCCGCAAGUUCGCUUUAAGUGACGAACAAGAUCCCGACUUCCAGGAGAGAUGCUCCCAUCAACACACAGAAAACUGUAACGAGUGUCAAAAUCUGCGAAAUGUCUUAGAUGAAGUCGAAGACAAAGUUCGAGGUCCAUUUUGGAUCCCUUACAGCAGUGAACAUCGAGACGAUCUGCUAUACGACUACAAACUGGCACAGACAGAUAUUUUUGAGUGGAAGGCUCACAUUGUUCGCUCUGUAAACCAGGAAGCAGCAAAGCAAGAUCAGCUGAAGACGAUAAGUACUAAUCAGAACUGUGCACUGGUAAUAAUGGACUGGGCAAUGAAGUUCCUUCGGCUUAAAUAUCGUGAGAAGCAGUCAGAUUGGUUUUUCAAGAGAGGAUUGACUUGGCACAUCUCGACGGUGAUCACACGUGAUCCGAACCUUGAAGGAAGACUAGAACUGCGUUCGUAUGCCCAUCUGUUUGACGCAUGACAACAGGACUGGUUCGCCGUGUGUUCCAUCAUAGAAAGCACACUGAGAGAAAUUAAGACCGAAAAGCCUCACAUGACCUGGGUUUAUCUGCGGUCAGAUGAAGCUGGCUGCUAUCAUAAUAACUCCCUCAUUGCAGCAGCAAGAGAAAUUGGUAAGCGGGUUGGUUUUGAAGUUUCUCGGUACGACUUUUCAGAGCCACAAUAUGGCAAGGAUGUAUGUGAUAGAAUUCUGUGUCCGAUGAAAACAUACAUCCGACGUUUCUGCAACGAAGGACACGACGUUCUAUCAGCGGGAGACAUGAGGAGGGCACUUUCUGAAAGACCAGUGAAAGGUACAUCCGCAUGCGUUUGCGAAGUUAACGAGGCGAAGAUAACCCCAGAAGUGAACGAGAUAGAUGGUUUUAGCAAGCUUCACAAUGUCCAGUUUGAGGAGAAAGGUAUUCGUGAGUGGAGGUCGUACCGAGUAGGGCGUGGCAAGGAAAUCUCUUUUGACCAGCUGUUGUUAAAGGGCCAAGGGGACACUGAUAUCAUUGUUAGUGAAAAAUUUUUCCCUCUUCAUGAUGCACGUGUUUAUCAAUGCUCAGAUCCUGUGACAGAGAGUUCAGAAGAAGAGAAUGACUGGGACGAUUCGAAUAUAAGCAUUUUUGAAUGUUCCGAGCCUGGAUGCGUGAAGAGUUUCCGAACAUUUUCAGAGCUCGAGUCACAUUUGGACGUAGGGGAUCAUUGCGUCAAAGAUGAAAGGCCGUCAGAAACGGUAUAUGACAAGCUUCGAAGAGAUUGGGCAGACAGAUUUACUACAUCAGUCAACGUCACUGAAAAUGAACCGUCUGAACCUAAUAUCCACCAAAGUGAAAAUGUCUCAAUACCCGCGUUGAACACUGUCAUUAUGGGCUGGGCCCUGCACAGGCCACGAGCAGGAUCCGUUAGUUUCACUGACAAAGUUAAGAAAUAUCUAACUGCAAAGUUUGACCUAGGGGAACAAUCAGGGCUAAAAGCUGACCCUCAGCAAGUCUCAAAUAAUAUGCGCAAGACAAGAGAUGAGCAGAAUAGAAGGUUGUUUGAACGAGACGAGUGGUUGACUAAGAGCCAAGUACAGGGUUUCUUUUCUCGCCUUGCAGCAAGCAGAAGGCAACAAGCACACUCAGAAAUCGAGCACAAUCCAAAGGAACUAUCUCUAGAGGAAAAAGAUGCUGAAAGACAACAACUGAUGGCGCAUAUUUCUAACGAACCGAGGCCGCAACACCCUCUGUCUUACGACGCCUUUAACUUGUGCGAGUGUGCGAGAGAUAAUAAGCUGAGUCUUUUUAAUAUUUCACUGCUUAAAGAAAUCUUGCGCUUUUUUGAAGUACCAUUCAAAUCAAGAGACAGGAAAAAAGACCUGAUUCAACCACUGAUGUCCUUUAUACAAAAAUGUCAAUGCUUUAUUUAUGAAGUGUAA